GUCGCCUUUCCGCUUGCUCUCGCUCCCCCAAAGACUGUGUGCGCAUGCGUAAAGAAAGAUAAUUCCAGGGGCAUAAAAGUGAAGCGAAGAUUACGAUUUUCUUUUUUCGGAGCGGCGAAACUGCGCAUGCGUGAAGCGCCAAAUGAAAUUGAAAGUGAAAUCCUUGGUGAACUAGUGGCAGGACAGCCAGAGCAGCUCGGGCUCCGACUCCAAAAAUCAAUCAUAAGCCAAGAAAGCGAAAGUGCAACUACCCCCCAAUCGAAAGUGAAAGUGCGCGCGGAGCCACCCCCCUUUGAGUACCAUCUUUUCACUUGCCAUGCUGCCACUGCCCAGGCACUCCAAGGACACCUGGCUGCGGUUGGGCUUCCUAGUGUCCCUAGCCCUCUUGGCAGCCCCCAGAGGAGCAGUUGGGCUGGGCUAUCCCAGUGCCCAGCAGGAGCACGACAUGCUCAUCCUGGACGCCCUGUCGCGCAGAAGUGGCACCGGAUACUAUGGCGAGAACAGCGUGAUGGAGAUGCUUUCCCGAAUGAUACCGCAGUCGUGCCGCUUUCGUGGCCACAAGUUCGAGUGCGGCCUGUCCAUCUCAUGUGUCUUGGGCGGCGGCAAGCCGCUGGAUCUCUGCUCCGGCGGCAUGAUCUGGUCAUGUUGCGUGGACAAAGACCUCGACGCCGAGGAGAGUCCGCAUGCCGCCCCGGUGAACAACACGAGCGACAUAAUACACUUGCAUGACAUUUACCCCGACCUGGCGGCGAACGCCAACAAGCCGCAGCACCACCUGCACCAAAACCACCACCACGGUGGCAACGGCCUGUCAGCGGCCCCAUCCACCUCGUCCACGGCGUCCUCCUCCGCACGACCGGCUUACCCCAGCAGCAGCUACUACGGCACCAAGCGACCCACCCUCUACAGCGGUUCCAAUCCCUACAAGCCAGGCGGAUCCAUUGGAGGAUCAACCCGACCUUCCUCCUCCUCCAGCCUGAACAGCUGGGAGCACGAGAGCGGUGGCCACUUGGGCUCCGUCAGUGGCAUCACCAACCACCUGGACAGCUUCUUCGAUGCCGAGUCCCCACAGCCGUUGGACUCGUCUGGAGCACCACCACCACCGCACGAACCACUGCCCAAUGCCCAGGCCUUUGCGGUGGGCAAUGUCUUGGAUUUGAACGCUGGCGAGGCAGCGGAGGAGUACCAGAGUGGUGGCUACCACGAUGCCAGCUAUCGUCCAGUGCCCGGCUGCGGCGAAGUUUACACCCGAUCCAAUCGCAUUGUAGGAGGCCACUCCACGGGCUUUGGCUCCCAUCCCUGGCAGGUGGCUCUUAUUAAGAGUGGAUUCCUCACUAGAAAGCUCAGCUGCGGUGGUGCAUUGAUCUCCAAUCGAUGGGUGGUCACUGCGGCACAUUGUGUGGCCACCACCACCAACUCCAACAUGAAGAUUCGCCUGGGCGAAUGGGAUGUGCGUGGCCAGGAGGAGCGUCUGAACCACGAGGAGUACGGCAUUGAGAGGAAGGAGGUGCAUCCGCACUACAAUCCCGCCGACUUCAAGAACGACGUAGCCCUGAUCCGUUUGGAUAGGAAUGUGGUCUACAAGCAGCACAUCAUUCCCGUCUGCCUGCCGCCCUCAUCCACAAAACUGACAGGGAAAAUGGCCACAGUGGCUGGGUGGGGGCGAACCCGGCAUGGGCAGAGCACAGUGCCUUCGGUGCUCCAAGAGGUGGAUGUGGAGGUGAUCUCCAAUGAUCGCUGCCAGCGAUGGUUCCGCGCAGCCGGAAGACGCGAGGCCAUCCAUGAUGUCUUCUUGUGCGCCGGCUACAAGGAUGGCGGACGUGACUCCUGCCAGGGCGACAGCGGCGGGCCGCUUACGCUGACCAUGGACGGCCGCAAGACCUUGAUCGGACUCGUGUCCUGGGGCAUCGGCUGCGGGCGGGAGCACCUGCCCGGCGUCUACACCAACAUCCAGCGCUUCGUGCCCUGGAUCAACAAGGUCAUGGCCAAUGACAACGCGUAGGAGCCACUGCAGCACGGAGAUGCAUCCCGUUAGCCAGGCCAUGUGAUUCCUCUACGACUCGGGGUUGCUAGUGUGUAAGACCAAGGUCUAGGCCUUGUAUUUAUUUCACCCAUAUUCCAUCUCCCAGGGAUCCCCGCCCUCAAUCAACUCACUUUGGUCGAUCCCUCGCCCUUCAUUCGUUUCUCAUUGCAUUACACGCACUCGAAUUAGGUUUUCUAUAUUUAUUAUACACUGCUCGACGAAGAUUCCUACAUUUGAG